AUGGAGCUGGGAAAGGCAAAACUUCUGAGAACUGGUCUUAAUGCCUUGUAUCAGGCCAUACAUCCUGUGCAUGGUAUAGCCUGGACCGAUGGGAAGCAAGUGGUACUGACUGCUUUACACCUUCUUAAUGGAGAACUAAGAUUUGGUGACUCAAGUGUUAUUGGGCAAUUCGAACACGUUCAUGGGCUUUACUGGGGUUCAUCUGCUGCAGAUGCCCCAGCUCUGCUGGCUGUUCAACAUAAGAAGCAUGCCACUGUCUGGCAGCUUGGCUAUAACACUGCAGAAAAAAACAAGCUCCUGGCUUCUCAGACUUGUGAAAUUAGUGAGCCAUUUCCCCUGCUUCCCCAGGGGUGUGUGUGGCAUCCCAAGAAGGAGAUCUUGGCUGUGCUUACUAAACGGGACACCUCAGUUUUACAUGCUGUUCGUUCUGAUAACUCCAGGGUUAAGGCGGAUAUCAAGAGUAGCGGUCUCAUCCACUGUGCAUGCUGGACUAAGAACGGUAAUCGCUUGGUGGUUGCUAUAGGCAGUACCCUUCACUCUUAUACAUGGGAUGAUACUCAGAAAACCCUAAAUGCUUGCUCCUUUUGCCCAAUAUUUGAUGUAGGAAGCUACAUCUGUGCUAUAGAAGCUACUUUGGAUUUCCAAAUUGCUGUAGCCACUGAGCUUCCCCUAGAUAAGAUCUGUGGUCUAAAUGCAGGAAUUGCAUUUGAUGUGCCAUCUGGCAUGGAAAUAGGUUCUUUAUCUUCCCCGUCUACUCUGGCCUUUGGAGAUGAGGAAUAUUCUAUAUACCUAAGAAGAAAAUCAACAGAUUCAGAAAGAUCAAUAGCUGUUGAGUCAGUAGCUUCUUCUUCAUCAUGUCCUCCGGAGUUAACCCGUAUCCUUGCAAACCACAGGCUAUCUGAUCCCAGUCCUCUCAUUUCUCUGAGACGCAAAGAAUAUAUCUCAGGAAACAGGCAAGACUCUUCAUACCUAAUUUUGGUGACUUUUGAGAGGAAGGUAACCACCACCAGAAAAGUCAUCAUCCCAGGCAUUCUGGUCCCUGAUAUAGUAGCUUUUGACUUCAGAGCUCAGAUUGUGGCAGUAGCCUCAAAUACUUGUAAUAUUGUUUUGGUUUAUUCAGUCACUUCUUCCUGCAUGCCCAAUAUUCAACAAAUCCAGCUGGAGAAAAGUGAAAGAGCAAAGGGCUUGUGCUUCUUGACAGAUAAAUUCUUGUUGAUUUUGAUUGGAAAGCAGAAAUUCUCGGAGUCUGCUCUCAUUCCGUGUUCAAGUACAGACAAGUACAUUAUUCGUUUAAUGAUUAAAGAAUUAAUAUUUGAAGAAGAUUCUUUAGCAAUGCCUGACACCAGCCAGAAUGUACUUUACAAUUUGGAAUCCUCAGUGACUAUACCUGGAAAAAGAAAAUGUUUUGAAAAUCUUGCCACGGAAGAUCAACCUUCAAGCCGGGAGUUGCUAAUACCAGGUAGUACCAUUAUUCACUCUCCUAGUGGCCGGAGAAGACUCAUAGAAUUGAAGUCCCCUAGUUAUGAGCAGAGUUCAUCAUCGAGUGUGAGUGAUCUUGAGGAAAAAAGAGUCCAUGGUGACUCAUCACCAGUUGCUUUAGAAACUUUAGAUGCCGAACCAGCUAAUCGGUCAAUGGCUAUUUUUGGAGUUGAGACCUCUGCCAGGAUUUCUAACAGACAAGAUUCUCCUAAACCUUCUCAAGAAACUUCUACUUCUCCUAAAAAUAGCAACUCUUCAAGUGACAGUGGAGAAAAUCACAUACCCAGGAAUCUAGAGAGACUGUGCAGCAGCUUUACAGAAUUACAACUGCGUCUUUCUGAACUAAUAGAGUUAACUAAAAAUGGGAAGAGGUUCUCUCUAACAUACCCAUCUUCUCAAGAACCACCUUUUGUUCAUAUCACUUAUCAGAAAUAUUUCUCUAAUGGAGCUGUUGCUGAAGAAACAAAAUCUGUUCUCCUUUGUGACAGCAAGAUCCACCUGAAUUUGCUCCAGAGGCUUUUCGAUCUGCCCGUUGUUGAAAUGAAACAUGGUUCUUCUUGGAUUGUUCUCACUGCAGAUAGUGAAGGUUUUGUUCCAUUAACAUUCAGAGCAACACAAGAGAUAAUCAUAAGGGAUGGAACUGACAGUUCAGAAGUCUGUGGAAGUGUCUCCUGUGAAAACAGCAUUUCUAUGCAAGCACCAAGCAGUGUGACAUAA